AUGUCGAAAAAGGAUGAUGAAGAGCAAGCCGACGAUUCCGUAUCAAUAACCGAUGACGUUAAAGGCGCCGAAUAUUACCACGGCUUGAUACCACGCACGGAUAUCGAACCAUUGCUCAAAAAAGAAGGAGACUUCUUACUCCGCAAAACUGAGCUUACUCCUGGUAAUCACUGCUUCUGCUAG